GGAGAGUUUGGUGACCAGAUCGCGGAGGUCAUUUGUCUGAGAGAGAGCGCACGGCCCUCCUUCGCCCUUCCCCUUUCACCACCCAUGGCUCAGACGGCGACGAUGGGCCCCCCGCUCUCCCCUCGCGAAACUCGUCGUUCAGGCCGUCGCUCCGCACCGUCACACUCGACAUCCACCUCGACAUCCCCAGACUCUGCCCCCGACCUCGCCAACACCCCGACCAACAACGGCGCCCCGGCCCACAACGCUCAAGGCAACAACCACAGACCGGCACUCACAUCCACCAACAGUUCGUCUCGCAACAAACGCAACAAACGCGACGGAACGGACGACACUGCUCUGGACGAGCCCCACAAGAACGGCCCAAACACGGUAGCCCCCUCCGUCGCCGCCCAGAACGGUCGCUCCAAGCGCAAGGGGAAGGAAAAAGAUAGACUCGUCAUCGAGGAGAUUCCAGUCGAGUUUCUCUCUCCUCAGAUCGAUACGCCCACGGACGUGGCCAUGGAUCUCCUCGACGCUCCGCCGGAGGAGGACUCAGUUACGCGGUGCGUCUGCGGCAGCACCGGCAAUGGCGACGAUGAUGCCGAUGCAGGAGAGUUCAUGGUAAUGUGCGAGAUCUGUAAUGUCUGGCAGCAUGGUCUCUGUAUGGGCUAUAACGACGCGGAAGAGCUGAAAAACCGCGACUACUACUGUGAGCAAUGCAAACCUGAACUUCACCAAGACCUUCUCAAGAGGCUCGCCAAACGCCCUCGUCACUCCUCCGCCGCAUCCCACCAUAAUCCCACCUCCGUCCAACGCAACUCGCGAUCGCACUCGCCCACCCAAUUGCUCAAACCCCCCAAACGCCGCAAUACGAUGAACAGCCGCGAUGCUGCCUACGACGAAAGCCUGAAGGCGAUCAUGGAGGCCACCGCAAUUGAAGCCGCUCGCGAUACCAAACGAUCUUCCGCCUCUGUCAGUGGCAGUGUGAACGGGCACGGAGACGCCAAUGACGAUCAGCAACCAGCACCGUCGGCGUCUACGCCCGGUCCUGGAGCUGGCCCAUCGAUGGAGGCGCCCAACGGACGGAAGAAGCGAAAGAGGACCGAGGAGGAUGCGUUCCUCGAAUCGAAUAAGCGGACGAGGUCUUCCUCUACGCCCUCAGACCAUCACGCCGCCAUCAGCGCUGCUACCGCCGCCGCCGCCGCCGUCCCCGCUCCGUCCAGCGCAGCGCAGGAGCAACGUGACGUGACGCCAAGCGCCCCUAUCCCCACCAACAAGAACGCAUCUGCCAGCAUGCCUCCCCCGGCCCCCAAGGCUGCUGCCGCAUCUCGGCGGAGAGGAGGUCGAAAGUCCGCUGUGCAGCAACAGCAAGAAAUCGCGGCGGCCGAAUACGAGGAAGGAGGUACAGCGGCGAAUCUACCGGCCAACGCUUCUUCAUCCGCUGGACCCAGCAACUCCCGACGCACGUCCAACAACAACGCACGCUCGAAGAAUACGUCCACGCCCUCGCGUCGUGGAGCGGGCGGCGGAGGCGGCAGCGCUGGCGCUAAACAAGACUCGGCGCGCGCUUCCAGAGGAGGAAAUAACGCCAAUAACGCGACCAGCGGUAACAACAACAUCCUUAACGCCGGUGCGGAAGACGGGCCCGGGACACCUGGUGUCUUGACGCGGACGCCGUCGUCGAGGGCUCAGGCCGCUGCCCAGAAUUCCUCUGUCAGUGGAGGUGGAGGUCCGAACAGUGGUGGAGGGGGAGGGAGUGUGGGAGGUGGAGGGGGACAGGGAGCGAGAGCGUAUCUGAACUCGCAUGCGUAUUUUGUUUCGCAGCAGUCGUUGCUCACGUCUUGGAACCUACCGGAUUAUCUGGCGCAUUUGGAACAUAUAUUGCCGACGGAGGUUCCGAGGCCGCUCGAAGUGCCGGGUUCGGGGUUCGGUUCCUCGACUGGGACGGGCUUUGGGCUGGGACACGGACAUGGACACGGACACGGACAUGGGCACGGGCAUGCAGGGAGGGGAGAGUCGAUGGAGAGGACGAUGGAGAGGGGGGUGAAGGUGAAGUGGCCCGGGAAGAGGAUGAGCGUGGGAGAUAUGAAUAAGAGGGUGAAGGCGCUGAUUGAUUGGGUUGGGAGGGAGCAGGCGAAUGAUAUGGAGAGGACGAAAAGGCGGGAAGCGUUGAGGGCGGUUGUGAAGGAGAAUACGGCUCUCCCUGCGGAUGAGGGUAUGGUCUUCGGAGAAGAUGGAGCACCGUUGGUGGAGUCGCCUUUGCAGGAGAAGGUGGCGAGACUGGGUGGGGGAGCGAGCGAAGAGACGUCGUCGAUGAGGAUGAUGGAGGAGUUGAUGGAGGAGUUGAUCUCGUUUCAGGAGAAGUUUGGGCCGGGGGCGGCAAAAACGAGGGAGAGGAGGGCAGGGGCUUCAUGACCUCUUCUACUCACUCGUCCUUUCCUGGUUCCAUCUGCUGUGAUGCUUUGAUGCUUAUCCCUCCCUUUCUCCCCGUGCAUCGUUCCUCGUUCACCCCUCCACUCCACCUUCCAUCCAUUCAUCCAGCCAUCCAUAGCAUUUUAGUCUACUCACUUUUAUCCUCAUCAUUGUUUAUAUAUCCCUAUUCUUCCUUCUAUUGUGUGUGCUCCCACGCCUUCUUCUUCUUCUUCCUUCCUCUUGUUUAGAUCUUCCACGUCUUGACCUUGAUCUCCCGCACCCCUGCUUUUUCCGUCCCGUUCUCCCCUCGCGUCUGUUGUUCCCUCCCCUCUCCGUCCUCCGUCCUCCGUUCUCCAUGCUGCUACCCUUCCCAUGCCCAUGCCUCCCAUGCCCGUCCAAGUCUGCACGACCCAUCGAUGCCUGAUGCCUGAUGCCUUGCCUCGCUCGCCUUGUACUGCUACUAUCACUGUUAUCUACAUUAUAUCAUCAUCAUCAUCAUCACCAUCAUCAUUUCUCCCCUCCUCGCUUCUCCCGCAGUUCAGUCGUAGUCCUGAGUCCUGACUCGGACGGAUCCUGACCAGUCCUAGGCCUGUCGGGUCCUGACCUACCCUGCUUUUCUUUCUGUUCUGAGUUUUCUUUU